UGGGUCCGGGUGACGGUCCUCCCGAACUGCACGGGCUGCAGGACGUUCCAUGUCCUGCCCUCCGCGACCGUCCUCGAUGUCAAGGAGCUCAUCUGGGCCGAGACUGCCUUCCCGGUUCCGGAGCAACGGCUGUGGCACCGCAGUAGGGAGUUACCUGACUGGACCAAGAUUGGCGAUCUGACUUUCCAAAAGUGCCAUCUUUUUGUAAACCUUCAAUCCAAAGGCUUAACAGGGGGAGGUCGGUUUGGCCAGACAACGCCACCACUUGUUGAUUUUCUCAAGGACAUUUUAAGAAGAUACCCAGAAGGAGGGCAGAUUCUGAAGGAAUUGAUUCAGAAUGCAGAAGAUGCUGGGGCCACAGAAGUUAAAUUUUUAUAUGAUGAAACUCAAUAUGGAACAGAGACUCUUUGGUCAAAAGAUAUGGUGCAAUAUCAAGGCUCAGCACUGUAUGCAUACAACAACGCCGUCUUCACCCUGGAGGACUGGGAUGGCAUUCAAGAAAUAGCAAGAAGCCGGAAAAAGGAUGAUCCUUUGAAGGUUGGAAGAUUUGGGAUUGGGUUUAAUUCUGUCUAUCAUAUCACAGAUGUACCUUGUAUCUUCAGUGGUGACCAGAUUGGAAUCCUAGAUCCACAUCAGACACUCUUUGGCCCACAUGAAUCUGGCCAGUGCUGGAAUCUCAAAAAUGACAGCAAAGAAAUCGGUGAGCUCUCAGACCAGUUUGCGCCGUUUAUUGGCAUCUUUGGAAGCACCGAGGAAACGUUCACCAAUGGCCAUUUCCCCGGGACAUUCUUCCGCUUCCCUCUUCGCCUACAGCCUUCUCAGCUGAGCAGUAACCUCUACAACAGGCAGAAGGUUCUAGAGUUGUUUGAGUCCUUCAGGGCAGAUGCAGACACUGUGCUGCUCUUCCUGAAGAGCGUGCAGGCUGUCUCCCUGCACGUCCGAGAGACUGAUGGAACCGAGAAGCUGGUAUUUCGAGUGACUGCGAGUGAGGACCAGACCCUGAAACACGAACGGCCCAAUUCCAUCAAGACCCUCGGAGUCGCCAUCACUAACUAUUGUAAGAAAGUGCCAAGCACUAGCGUGACGUGUGUCACAUAUCAUAUGAACAUCGCCUUAGAAGACGACAACACCAAGGAGGCCCAGAGAACGUCAUGGCUAGUGUGCAACAGCGUGGGCGGUCGAGGGCUUUGCAGUAAGCUCGACUCACUAGCGGAUGAACUGAAAUUUAUCCCACUCAUUGGAAUAGCCAUGUGUCUGUCAAGCAGCGCGGAUGAUGGAGAAGGAGCAGCUUGGGAAUUUUCAGGAAAAGCCUUUUGUUUUCUCCCUUUACCACCGGGCGAGGAUAGUAAAACGGGGCUCCCGGUUCACAUCAGUGGCUUCUUUGGCCUGACGGACAACCGCCGGAGCAUCAAGUGGCGAGAGCUGGACCAGUGGAGAGACCCGGCGGCCCUGUGGAACGAUCUCCUCGUCGUGAACGUGGUACCCAAAGCGUACGUAACUCUCAUCCUGGAGUCCAUACGGCGUCUGGAGACCGGAAGCACCCCGGGUCUCCCGCUGUCGGUGGAGGCCAUCUACAAGCUCUGGCCUGACCUGAGCCAGGUGAAGGCCCACUGGCAGCCGAUUUUGGAGCCCCUGUACCGGGAGCUGUUUCAGCACGCCGUCAUUCACUCCCUUAGCCACCAGUGGGUGACGCUGGAGCAGGCGUACUUCUCUGACUUGGAUGAAAGCUUGGAACACACACACACUGUACUCGACUACCUCCAGAGCUCAGGGAAGCAGGUGGCCAAGGUGCCCGCCACCGUGGCUGCUGCGGUGGAGGUGACAGCCGCCGGCACUAGGCCCAUGAGGAGGGUGACGCCCGCGCUGGUGCGCCAGGUGCUGAGGAAGAGUGCGCAUGUGCCCGGGCCCACUGAGCGGCUGCACCUCCUGGACUUUGUGCUCUCAGAUCACGUGUACAGCGAGCUGCUGGGGCUGGAGCUCCUCCCUUUACAAAACGGGACCUUCGUCCCCUUCUCCUCUUCUGUAUCCGAUCAGGACGUUGUCUAUAUUACCUCAGAGGAUUAUCCGAGGUCGCUUUUCCCAGGUCUUGAAGGAAGAUUUAUUCUGGAUAACUUGAAGCCUCACAUCCUAGCUGCUUUAAAAGAAGCUGCCCAAACCAGAGGAAGACCCUGUACUCAGCUGCAACUUCUCAGUCCAGAGCGCUUUGCACGUCUCAUCAAAGAAGUGGUGAAUGCUUUGUGGUCUGGCCGAGACCUACUCGUUCAAUGGUAUCCAUUCAGUGAAGACAGAAAGCAUCCCCCUCUAUCAUGGCUUAAGAUGGUUUGGAAGAAUCUCUAUAUCCACUUUGCAGAGGACUUGACUUUAUUUGAGGAGAUGCCCCUCAUCCCCAGAACAGCACUAGAAGAAGCUCAGACGUGUGUGGAGCUUAUUCGACUCAGGAUCCCGUCCUUCAUUAUUUUAGAUGAUGACUCGGAAGCACAGCUUCCAGAAUUUUUAGCGGACAUUGUACAGACACUUGGAGGAAUUGUCCUUAAAAAGCUUGAUCCUUCUAUACAGCAUCCACUGAUAAAGAAGUAUAUUCAUUCACCAUUACCAAGUGCAGUUUUGCAGAUCAUGGAGAAGAUGCCGUUGGCGAAACUGUGCAAUCAGAUCGCUUCGCUCCCUCCAACACACAAAGAUGCUCUGAGGAAGUUCUUAGCAAGUUUGACUGAUAGCAAUGAAAAGGAGAAAAGGAUCAUUCAAGAACUGCCAAUAUUCAAGAGGAUUAACCACUCGUCUGGCGAGGGAGUCGCCUCUUACACCAAAUUGAAAGGUUGCAAAGUCUUGCAUCAUACAGCCAAGUUUCCACCUCACCUGCGGCUUUCCAUUUCUGUAAUUGACAGUAGUGACGAAGCUACCAUUCGCUUGGCAAACAUGCUGAGAGUGGAGAAGCUAAAGACCACUAGCUGCUUAAAGCUUGUCUUCAAAGACAUUGGAAAUACAUUUUAUUCACCGGAAGAGAUACAACAGCUCAUGGUAUGGAGUCUUGAGAAUCUGUCCUCCCUUAAGAAGGAGAAUUCAAAUGUGAUUGAGUGGUUAAUGCCAUUGAAAUGCAUUCAGAUUUCACAGGAAAAGAUGGUGUCAGCCAACGAGCUGUUUGAUCCUGAUAUAGAAGUACUACAGGACCUCUUUCAUAAUGAAGAAGAAAUCUGUUUCCCACCUUCAGCUUUUACCUCACCAGAUAUUCUUCAUUCUUUAAGACAGAUUGGCUUAAAAAAUGAAGCCAGCCUCAGAGAGAAAGACGUCGUGCAAGUGGCGAAAAGAAUCGAAGCCUUACAGGCCAGUUCUUAUCCAAAUCUGGAUGCUCUUUUAAAGAAAGCCAAGACACUCUUACUGGUUCUAAAUAAGAACCCUACACUGUUGCAGUCAUCUGAAGGGAAAAUGGUGUUGAAGCAAAUAAAGUGGGUUCCAGCCUGCAAAGAGAGACCUCCCAAUUACCCAGGGUCACUAGUCUGGACAGGUGAUCUCUGUAGUCUUUGUGCACCACCAGACAUGUGUGAUGUGGCUCAUGCGAUUCUAGUUGGUUCCUCAGUCCCUCUUGUCGAAAGCAUCGAUGCAAACCUGGAAAAAGCCCUGGGCAUUUUUACCAAACCUAGCAUUGGUGCUGUCUUGAAACACUUUAAAAUUGUUGUGGACUGGUAUACCUCGAAAACGUUUAGUGAUGAAGACUACUACCAGUUCCAACAUAUCCUGCUGGAAAUUUAUGGAUUCAUGCACGAUCACUUAGAUGAUGGCAAAGAUUCUUUUAGGGAUUUAAAAUUUCCAUGGGUCUGGACUGGCAAAAAAUUUUGUUCCCUAGCGCAAGCAGUGAUAAAACCCAUUCACGAUCUGGACCUUCAACCUUAUUUGCACAGUGUCCCUAAAACCAUGGCAAAGUUCCACCAGUUGUUUAAGGCCUGCGGGUCUAUAGAGGAGCUGACAUCAGAUCACGUUUCUAUGGUCAUUCAGAAGAUCUAUCUCAAAAGUGAGCAAGAGCUCAGUGAACAAGAAAGCAAACAAAAUCUGCACCUGAUGUUGAACAUUAUCCGAUGGCUGUACAGCAACCAGAUCCCAGCAAGCCCCAGUACUCCAGUUCCUAUCCACCACAGCAAGAGCCCUUCCAAGCUCCUCAUGAAGCCAAUUCAUGAAUGUUGCUAUUGUGACAUCAAAGUUGACGACCUUAAUGACUUACUGGAAGAUUCGGUGGAGCCCAUCAUUCUGGUGCAUGAGGACAUACCCAUGAAAACUGCCGAGUGGUUAAAAGUGCCGUGCCUUAGUACAAGACUGAUCAAUCCUGAAAACAUGGGAUUUGAGCAAUCAGGACAAAGAGAGCCACUUACGGUCAGAAUAAAAAAUAUUUUGGAAGAGUACCCGUCAGUGUCAGAUAUUUUUAAAGAGCUACUUCAAAAUGCCGAUGAUGCCAGUGCAACCGAGUGCAGCUUCCUGAUCGACAUGAGGAGAAAUAUGGACAUCAGGGAGAAUCUCCUGGACCCGGGGAUGGCCGCUUGCCAUGGCCCCGCUUUGUGGUCAUUCAAUAAUUCCGAGUUCUCAGACUCUGAUUUUGUGAAUAUUACCAGAUUAGGAGAAUCUUUAAAGAGAGGAGAAGUUGACAAAGUUGGGAAGUUUGGUCUUGGGUUUAAUUCAGUGUACCACAUCACUGACAUUCCCAUCCUCAUGAGUCGAGAAUUCAUGAUCAUGUUUGAUCCAAACAUAAACCAUAUCAGUAAGCACAUUAAAGACAAGUCUAAUCCCGGGAUCAAAAUUAAUUGGAGUAAACAACAGAAAAGACUGCGGAAGUUUCCCAAUCAGUUCAAACCAUUCAUCGAUGUGUUUGGCUGCCAGCUGCCUUUGACGGUAGAAGCACCUUACAGCUACCAAGGGACUCUUUUCCGGCUUUCCUUUAGAACUCAACAGGAAGCGAAAGUGAGCGAAGUCAGUGGCACUUGCUACAACACAGCAGAUAUUUACUCUCUGGUAGACGAAUUCAGUCUCUGUGGACACCGGCUCAUCAUUUUCACCCAGAGUGUAAACUCAAUGUAUUUAAAGUACCUGAAAAUUGAGGAAACCAACCCCAACUUAGCACAAGAUACAAUAAUCAUUAAAAAAAAAGUCUGCUCAUCCAAAGCACUGAAAGCACCUGUUUUAAGUGUUUUAAAAGAGGCCGCUAAACUUAUGAAGACUUGCAGCAGCAGCAGCGGCAGCGGCGGCAUCAACAAAAAGCUUCCAACCGAUGCGCCCAAGGCAUCCUGCAUCCUUCAGAUCACAGUUGAAGAGUUUCACCACGUGUUCAGAAGGAUUGCUGAUUUACACUCACCGCUCUUUCGAGGCCCAGAUGACGACCCGGCCGCUCUCUUUGAAAUGGCCAAGUCUGGCCAAGCCAAGAAGCCAUCGGAUGAGUUGCCGCAGAAGACGAUGGAGUGCACCACCUGGCUUCUGUGCACCUGCAUGGACACAGGGGAGGCACUGACCUUUUCACUGAGUGAAAGCGGAAGGAGGCUGGGGCUUGUUCCUUGUGGUUCCAUCGGAGCCCUGCUCUCUGAAGCCCAGGACCAGAAGUGGCUUGUGAAGCCACACGUUGGAGAAGUGUUCUGUUAUUUACCUCUACGAAUAAAAACAGGCUUGCCCGUUCACAUCAAUGGGUGUUUUGCUGUGACUUCCAACAGAAAGGAAAUCUGGAAGACAGAUACGAAAGGACGGUGGAACAGCACCUUCAUGAGACAUGUCGUGGUGAAAGCGUACUUGGAGGCCCUCAGCGUGUUGCGGGACCUGGCAGUGAGCGGGGAGCUGGUUGACUAUAGUUACUACACUGUAUGGCCCGAUCCCGACCUGGUUCAUGAUGAUUUUUCUGUAAUUUGUCAAGGAUUUUAUGAAGAUAUAGCUCACGGGAAAGGGAAAGAGCUGACCAGAGUCUUCUCUGAUGGAUCUACAUGGGUUUCCAUGAAGAAUGUGAGAUUUCUAGAUGACUCGAUACUUCAAAGAAAAGAUGUUGGUUCUGCAGCCUUCAAGAUAUUUCUAAAAUACCUCAAGAAGACCGGUUCAAAAAACCUCUGUGCUGUUGAGCUUCCUUCUUCGGUGAAACUAGGCUUUGAGGAAGCCGGCUGCAAGCAGAUCCUUCUCGAAAAUACAUUUUCGGAGAAGCAGUUUUUCUCAGAAGUGUUUUUCCCAAAUAUCCAAGAAAUUGAGGCAGAAUUUAGAGACCCUUUAAUGAACUUUGUGCUAAAUGAAAAAGUUGAUGAGUUCUCCGGGAUUCUUCGUGUUACUCCCUGCAUCCCUUGCUCUUUGGAGGGACACCCUUUGGUUUUACCAUCAAGAUUGAUCCAUCCAGAAGGGCGGGUUGCAAAGCUAUUUGAUAUCAAAGAUGGGCGAUUUCCCUACGGUUCCACUCAGGAUUAUCUUAAUCCCAUUAUUUUGAUUAAACUAGUUCAGUUAGGUAUGGCCAAAGACGACAUUCUAUGGGACGACAUGCUGGAACGGGCUGAGUCAGUAGCUGAAAUUAAUAAAAGUGACCAUGCUGCAGCGUGUCUAAGAAGUAGUAUCCUAUUAAAUCUUAUUGAUGAGAAACUAAAGAUCAGGGAUCCCAGAGCAAAAGAUUUCGCUGCAAAAUUUCAAACAAUCCCCUUCCUUCCAUUUUUAACGAAACCAGCCGGCUUUUCCUUGGAAUGGAAAGGUAACGGUUUUAAACCUGAAACCAUGUUUGCAGCUACAGAUGUGUACACAGCGGAGCAUCAGGAUGUCGUGUGUCUUUUACAACCAAUACUGAAUGAAAAUUCCCAUUCCUUCAGAGGCUGCGGCUCAGUGUCACUGGCUGUCAAAGACUUUCUGGGAUUACUGAAGAAGCCAACAGUUGAGCUGGUUAUAAAUCAGCUGAAAGAAGUCGCCAAAUCAGUGGACGAUGGCAUUACAUUAUAUCAGGAAAAUAUCACUAAUGCUUGCUACAAAUACCUUCAUGAGGUCAUGAUGCAGAAUGAAGCCACCAAGGCAACAAUCAUCGAACACUUGAAACCCCGUAGCUUCAUUCUCGUAGAAAAUGCGUACGUCGACCCCGAAAAGGUCUCUUUCCAUUUGAAUUUUGAAGCCGCGCCCUAUCUUUAUCAGCUCCCUAAUAAGUAUAAAAAUAAUUUCCGAGAACUGUUUGAAAGUGUGGGUGUGAGGCAGUCAUUUGUGGUCGAAGAUUUUGCCCUUGUUUUGCAAUCUAUCGAUCAAGAAAGAGGGAAAAAGCAAAUAACGGAAGAGAAUUUUCAGCUUUGCCGGCGAAUAAUCAGUGAAGGGAUAUGGAGCCUCAUUAGAGAAAAGAAACAGGAAUUUUGUGAGAAAAAAUACGGCAAAAUAUUACUGCCGGACACGAACCUGGUCCUCCUCCCUGCCAAGUCUUUAUGCUACAAUGAUUGUCCCUGGAUAAAAGUGAAAGAUACCACUGUCAAAUAUUGCCACGCUGAUAUUCCCAGGGAAGUGGCUGUCAAACUGGGGGCAGUGCCAAAGCGGCAUAAAGCCUUAGAAAGAUACGCUUCCAACAUCUGCUUCACAACACUUGGCACCGAGUUUGGACAGAAAGAAAAGCUGACCAGCAGGAUUAAGAGUAUUCUUAAUGCCUAUCCUUCAGAAAGGGAAAUGUUGAAAGAGCUGCUUCAGAAUGCCGAUGACGCCAAAGCCACAGAGAUCUGCUUUGUGUUUGACCCUAGACAACACCCAGUUGAUAGGAUCUUCGAUGAUAAAUGGGCCCCUCUGCAAGGGCCCGCGCUGUGUGUUUAUAACAAUCAGCCUUUUACAGAAGACGAUGUCAGAGGAAUUCAGAAUCUCGGGAAAGGCACCAAAGAAGGCAAUCCAUGUAAAACGGGACAGUAUGGAAUAGGAUUUAAUUCUGUCUAUCAUAUUACAGACUGCCCGUCUUUCAUCUCCGGCAAUGACAUCCUGUGCAUUUUUGACCCCCACGCCCGUUACGCACCGGGCGCCACGUCUGUCAGCCCUGGGCGCAUGUUUCGAGAUCUGGACUCCGAUUUUCGGACCCAGUUCUCCGAUGUUCUGGAUCUCUAUCUGGGGACCCACUUCAAACUGGAUAACUGCACCAUGUUUCGGUUCCCGCUUCGUAAUACAGACAUGGCAAAAGUCUCAGAAAUUUCCUCCGUUCCAUCCUCAGACAGGAUGGUCCAGAACCUGUUGGACAAGUUGCGCUCGGAUGGGGCAGAGCUCCUCAUGUUCCUGAAUCACAUGGAAAAAAUUUCUAUUUGUGAAAUAGACAAAGUGAGCGGCGCUCUCAAUGUGCUCUAUUCCGUCAGGGGCAAAAUCACCGACGGAGACAGACUGAAAAGGAAGCAAUUCCAUGCCUCCGUAAUCGACAGCGUGAGCAAAAAGAGGCAGCUCAAAGACAUCCCGGUCCAACAGAUCACCUACACAAUGGACACUGAAGAUUCGGAAGGCAAUCUCACCACCUGGCUGAUAUGUAACAGGUCAGGCUUUUCCAGCAUGGAGAAGGUGUCCAAGAGUGUCGUAUCUGCUCACAAGAACCAAGACAUUACUCUCUUCCCACGCGGCGGAGUAGCUGCCUGCAUCACUCACAACUAUAAAAAACCCCACCGGGCCUUCUGCUUUCUGCCCCUGUCUCUGGAGACCGGGCUGCCUUUUCACGUGAAUGGCCACUUUGCUCUGGAUUCGGCCCGGAGGAACCUGUGGCGGGACGAUGACGGAGUUGGCGUCCGCAGCGACUGGAACAGCAGUCUCAUGACGGCACUAAUAGCGCCUGCGUAUGUGGAGUUGCUCAUCCAAUUAAAAAAGCGCUACUUCUCUGGCUCCGACCCGACCAUGUCGGUUCUGCAGAACACGCCAGCUCACGUCGUAAAGGAUACGCUGAAAAAGUUCUUAUCCUUCUUCCCAGUCAACAGGCUCGACCUGCAGCCAGAUUUGUACUGCCUAGUGAAAGCUCUAUACAGCUGCAUUCACGAAGACAGGAAGCGCCUUCUACCUGUUGUCCGGGCUCCCAAUAUCGAUGGCUCAGAUUUGCACUCUGCAGUUAUAAUCACUUGGAUUAACAUGUCGUCUUCAAACAAAACAAGACCAUUUUUUGACAAUUUGCUCCAGGAUGAGUUACAGCACCUGAAAAAUGCAGAUUACAACAUCACUACACGCAAAACAGUAGCAGAAAACGUCUACAGACUGAAACAUCUGCUGUUAGAAAUCGGCUUCAACCUGGUUUAUAACUGUGACGAAACGGCUAAUCUUUACCAUUGUCUUAUAGAUGCAGAUAUUCCUGUUAGCUACGUAACUCCUGCUGAUGUUCGAUCUUUUUUAAUGACGUUUUCCUCUCCUGAUACCAACUGUCAUAUUGGGAAGCUGCCUUGCCGCCUUCAACAGACUAACCUAAAACUUUUUCACAGUUUGAAACUUCUAGUUGAUUAUUGUUUUAAGGAUGCAGAAGAAAAUGAGAUGGAAGUAGAGGGACUGCCCCUCCUCAUCACCCUGGACAGUGUUUUGCAAACGUUUGAUGCCAAACGGCCCAAGUUUCUAACAACUUACCAUGAAUUGAUUCCAUCCCGCAAAGAUUUGUUUAUGAAUACACUAUACUUGAAAUAUAGUAACCUCUUAUUGAGCUGUAACGUUGCAAAAGUGUUCGACAUUUCCAGCUUUGCUGAUCUUCUGUCCUCCGUACUGCCUCGCGAAUAUAAGACCAAAAAUUGUACGCGGUGGAAAGACAAUUUUGCGAGUGAGUCCUGGCUAAAGAACACGUGGCAUUUUAUAAGUGAAUCUGUGAGUGCGAAAGAAGGACAGGAAGAAACAAAGCCAACGAAGUUCGACAUUGUUGUUGACACCCUAAAAGACUGGGCAUUGCUCCCAGGGACAAAAUUCACUGUCUCAGGGAAUCAGCUUGUGGUCCCAGAAGGAGACGUUCUGCUUCCUCUGAGCCUUAUGCAUAUAGCCGUUUUUCCAAAUGCCCAGACCGAUAAAGUUUUUCAUGCCCUAAUGAAAGCCGGCUGCAUUCAGCUUGCUUUGAACAAAAUCUGCUCCAAAGACAGUGCAUUUGUCCCCCUGUUGUCAUGCCACACGGCAAACAUAGAGAGCCCCGCGAGCAUUUUGAAGGCCGUGCAUUAUAUGGUCCAAACGUCCACAUUUAGAACUGAAAAACUAGUGGAGAAUGACUUUGAGGCACUCUUGAUGUAUUUCAACUGUAAUUUGAGCCACCUGAUGGCACAAGAUGACAUUAAGAUUCUAAAGUCACUCCCAUGUUACAAAUCCAUAAGUGGUCGAUACAUGAGCAUCGCAAAAUUUGGAACCUGCUACGUACUUACAAAAAGUAUCCCUUCAGCUGAAGUGGACAAAUGGACACAGUCAUCGUCAUCUGCCUUCCUGGAAGAAAAGAUGCAUCUUAAGGAACUCUACGAGAUGGUGGGCUGCGUGCCGGUAGAUGAUCUCGAGGUCUACUUGAAGCACCUUUUACCAAAAAUUGAAAACCUGUCAUACGAUGCCAAACUCGAGCACUUGAUCUACCUUAAGAACAGAUUAUCUAGUAUUGAGGAGACAUCCGAGAUUAAGGAACAGCUUUUUGAGAAAUUGGAAAGCUUGACGGUAAUCCAUGAUGCCAACAGCCGACUAAAGCAAACGAAGCAUUUCUAUGACAGGACUGUGAGGGUGUUUGAAGUGAUGCUGCCUGAGAAAUUCUUUAUUCCUAAGGAUUUCUUUAAGAAACUGGAGCAGCUCAUAAAACCCAAGAACCAAGCUUCGUUUAUGACCUCCUGGGUGGAAUUCUUAAGAAAUAUUGGACUGAAACAUAUACUUUCUCAGCAACAGUUGCUCCAGUUCGCUAAGGAAAUCAGUGUGAGGGCUAAUACAGAAAACUGGUCGAAGGAGACAUUGCAAAGCACAGUUGAUAUCCUCCUCCAUCAUAUAUUCCAAGAGCGAACGGACUUGCUCUCUGGAAAUUUCCUGAAAGAGCUCUCCUUGAUUCCAUUCCUGUGUCCUGAGAGGGCGCCUGCUGAGUUCAUCCGAUUCCAUCCUCAGUAUCAGGAGGUGAACGGAACACUUCCUCUGAUCAAAUUCAACGGAGCACAAGUCAACCCUAAAUUCAAGCAGUGUGACGUGCUGCAGCUUUUAUGGACCUCCUGCCCUAUUCUUCCAGAGAAGGCCACCCCUCUGGUCAUCAAAGAGCAGGAAGCUUGUGACCUUGGCCCACAAGAGCAGCUUGAACAAGUUUUAAGUAUGCUGAACGUUAACUUGGACCCCCCCGUUGAUAAGGUCAUCAAUAACUGCAGAAACGUAUGCAACAUUACGACUUUGGAUGAAGAAAUGGUGAAAACCAGAGCGAAGGUCUUACGGAGCAUCUACGAAUUUCUUAGUGCGGAAAAAAGGGAGUUCCGGUUUCAGCUGCGGGGGGUUGCCUUUGUGAUGGUAGAAGAUGGUUGGAAACUUCUGAAGCCCGAGGAGGUCGUGAUCAAUCUAGAAUAUGAAUCUGACUUUAAACCUUAUUUGUACAAGCUACCUUUAGAACUUGGCACAUUUCAUCAGCUGUUCAAACAUCUAGGUACUGAAGAUAUUAUCUCGACCAAGCAAUAUGUUGAAGUGUUGAGCCGCAUCUUCAAGAAUUCUGAAGGCAAGCAGUUAGAUCCCAAUGAAAUGCGUACAGUUAAGAGAGUUGUUUCAGGGUUGUUCAAGAGUCUACAGAACGAUUCAGUCAAGGUUAGGAGCGAUCUUGAGAACGUACGAGACCUUGUCCUUUACCUUCCAAGCCAAGACGGUAGAUUGGUGAAGUCGAGCAUCUUAGUGUUCGACGACGCGCCACAUUAUAAAAGUAGAAUUCAGGGGCAUAUCGGUGUUCAGAUGCUGGUGGAUCUCAGCCAGUGCUAUUUAGGGAAAGACCACGGAUUUCACACCAAGUUGAUCAUGCUCUUUCCUCAGAAACUCAGGCCCCGCCUACUGAGCAGCAUUCUGGAAGAACAGUUAGAUGAAGAGACUCCCAAAGUCUGUCAGUUCGGAGCCUUGUGUUCCCUUCAGGGGAGACUGCAGCUGCUCCUGUCUUCAGAACAGUUCAUCACAGGGCUAAUCCGAAUCAUGAAGCAUGAAAACGACAAUGCUUUCCUGGCCAACGAAGAAAAAGCCGUCAGACUUUGCAAAGCCCUCCGAGAAGGACUGAAAGUUUCCUGUUUUGAAAAACUUCAAACAACGUUAAGAGUUAAAGGCUUUAACCCCAUCCCCCACAGCCGAAGUGAAACGUUUGCCUUUUUGAAGCGGUUUGGGAAUGCAGUCAUUUUAGUCUACAUUCAGCACUCGGACAGUAAAGACAUUAACUUUCUCCUAGCGCUAGCCAUGACACUGAAGUCGGCAACUGACAAUCUGAUUUCAGACACUUCCUAUUUAAUUGCUAUGCUAGGCUGCAAUGAUAUUUACAGGAUCAGUGAGAAGCUUGACAGUUUAGGAGUGAAAUAUGACUCUUCAGAACCAUCCAAACUUGAACUUCCUAUGCCGGGCACUCCCAUACCCGCGGAAAUCCAUUACACUCUGCUCAUGGACCCAAUGAAUGUUUUUUACCCAGGAGAAUAUGUUGGCUACCUUGUGGACGCGGAAGGUGGUGAUAUCUACGGGUCAUACCAGCCCACGUACACAUAUGCAAUUAUUGUACAAGAAGUUGAAAGAGAAGACGCGGACAACUGUAGUUUUCUAGGGAAGAUCUAUCAGAUUGAUAUCGGCUACAGUGAGUAUAAGAUAGUGAGCUCUCUCGAUCUCUAUAAGUUUUCCAGGCCCGAUGAAAGUUCUCAAAACAGGGACAGCGCACCGUCCACCCCGACCAGCCCCACGGAGUUCCUGGCUCCGGGAGUACGGAGCAUCCCUUCUCUUUUCUCCGGCAGAGAGAGCCACAAGACCCCGUCUUCAAAACCUCAGUCCCCCAAGAAACUGAAGGUUCACUCUUUACCAGAAAUCCUCAAAGAAGUGACGUCCGUGGUGGAGCAAGCUUGGAAGCUUCCGGAAUCCGAAAGGAAAAAGAUCAUUCGACGCUUGUAUUUGAAAUGGCACCCGGACAAAAAUCCCGAGAAUCACGACCUCGCGAAUGAGGUUUUUAAGCAUUUGCAGAACGAAAUCAACCGGCUAGAGAAGCAGACCUUUCUAGAUCACAAUGCAGACCGCGCCUCGAGGCGGACUUUUUCCACGUCUGCGUCCCGCUUUCAGUCCGACAAGUAUUCCUUUCAGAGAUUUUAUACCUCCUGGAACCAAGAAGCAACGAGUCAUAAGUCUGAGAGGCAGCAGCAAAACAGAGAAAAAGGCCCGCCCGCAGCCGGACAGACCUACUCACAUAGGUUCUUCGUCCCGCCCACCUUCAAGUCCGUGGGGAAUCCCGUGGAAGCCCGCAGGUGGCUGAGACAAGCGAGAGCAAACUUCUCAGCGGCCAGGAAUGACCUGCAUAAAAACGCCAACGAGUGGGUGUGCUUCAAAUGUUACCUCUCCACCAAGCUAGCGCUGAUUGCGGCUGACUACGCUGUGCGGGGCAAGUCCGACAAAGACGUGAAGCCCACUGCCCUGGCGCAGAAAAUCGAGGAGUACAGUCAGCAGCUGGAAGGACUGACAAACGACGUGCACACGCUGGAAGCCUAUGGCGUGGACAGCCUCAAAACAAGAUACCCCGACUUGUUGCCUUUCCCACAGAUUCCCAAUGACAGGUUCACUUCUGAGGUGGCGAUGAGGGUGAUGGAAUGUACCGCUUGUAUCAUCAUAAAGCUGGAGAAUUUCAUCCAGCAGAAAGUGUGA